AUGGCGAUGGUGGUGACAGUGGUCAUGAUGAUGGUGGUGAUGCUCAGGCUUACACUGCACCAGAAAGGGAAGGGCAAAAGCACCCCUCAGUCCAGAGGACCCUCAGAUCAAGAGACCACCCAGGCUGCAAUCAACUCUGAUGGCACUUUUAAUCACCCCAGCAGGAAUGGCAGCUGUAAAGAGACGUUAAAUGAACCUUGCAGAAAUGACUCGGAGAGCUGGCUGAGCGAGGGCCGCCUGGACACUAGUGCGCUGGCGCCAUGUCCUCAGCACCCACAGGCUUGGCAGUCCUGUGAGCCCCAGCCGCUGGAACACUCGGGCCGCCUCUCCACUUGUCUGGUAGGGUAUUUCCCCCCAGUGCCUUCAUCACCCCACGCCCACCCUCCUCCCCCACCAGCUGCUCUGCUGAAGGGUGCAUUCUCCCCAGGUCCGGCCAUGAAGCCAUCCUGGGUGCCUCGGUUUCCCCUGCUGGCCAGGCAAUCCCGUGCCUCAAUGGGAAUGCCACUCACUGCCACCACCCGGCCUGGCUCGAUGGGACACCUGCACCCCACCAAGUUGCACUCCUCCAGCCCGUUCUCUGGACACCCGGAUGAGAACAAGGCUACUGGCCAGGAGUGUUAGAGCAGGGAGCAGCCUCAGAGCCCACCCCAUCUCUUCAAGCGUCCUGAAGCCACCAAGCAAAGUGCCACUGAAGGGGCUGAGGACAACAGAAAUGUAUUCUCUGUCGGUUCUGAGGCCAAAAGCUUGAGCUCAAGGCAUCUGGAGAGCCAGCCCCGCCCCGGCAGCUCUAGAAGAUAAUCCACUUCUACCUCUCCCAGCUUGGGGUGUUGCCGGCAGCCCUUGGCAUUCCUGGCGUGUGGCUGCACCCCCGGGGUCACGAGGCCUUCUCCCCAGUCUUGCUGUAUGUCCCCUCCUCUUGUAAGACUCCAGUCACUGGAUUUAGGGCCUACACGAGUCUAGUGUGACCUCACCUGCACUGACCUCUGCAAAGGCCCUUCUUCCAAAUAAGGUCAUGUUGCCAAUUCUGGGUGACUGUAAAUUUAGGGGCCACUGUGUAACCCAGUGCCAUCUGCCUACAGGCCCCAGGAUGCCCAGGAAUCCAGUCUCAACUGACAUGCGUCUGGCUCUGUAGGAUCAGAGCCUGGGCCAUCUAAGCACUCACAUUCUCUCCUGCAGCCCGGAGAAGAAAAUACUACAGCCCCUCCUUCCCAGCCUGCCGGGUUCCCUCCAGCCUGGGCCAAGCCCCCUUCUCCAGGGCCUGAUAAGACGCCAUUUCCAGAUAUAUCCACUGAGUGGCAAAAGCAGA